AUGAACGGGCAUGCGGCAUCUAGUCAGCACGGGCAGCCUCAGGCUGUGCCUAAGAAGAUGAAGGCACUGCAAUACUCCGGGCCGGAGAAGUUUGCCGUUGAAACGAUUGAUGUGCCAGCUAUUGGGGAUGACGACGUGCUGGUCAAGAUUUCGGCUUGUGGUGUAUGCGGAACUGAUUUGCACUAUCAUAAAGGCGAAUUUCUCGCAAAGUGGCCCUUGAUACCCGGCCAUGAGGCGACAGGCACAGUUGCCGCCAUCGGCAAGCACGUCACCAACGUAGCGGUUGGCGACCGCGUAGCAGCCGAUGCGCUGGAGCCCUGCCGCCAGUGUUUCCACUGCACCCGAAGAAAGCCUCUGCUAUGCGAAAACGUCACAGGAUACGGUGGCAACGUACCGGGCGGCAUGGCUGAAUACUGCCGGUACCCCGCGCGAAUGGUGCUCCCCAUUGGCGAUCUCCCAGAUCUCGAGGCGGUUUUGCUCGAGCCGGCCGCCUGCGCCGUGCACGGCAUCGAGAGAAUGCAAUUGCAAGUCGGAAGCCGCGUGCUGCUGUUCGGAUGCGGGCCAACGGGCAUACUCCUUGCGCAACUGAUCAAGAUGAAUGGCGCAGCGCAUUUGACAAUCGCGUCCAAAGCUGGACCGAAACUCGAUCUCGCGCGCGAGCUAGGCAUUGCAGACACGUACAUUACCAUUUCCGAUGACCAUGCCGAGACGGACAUGCACAGUCUGCGCACGGCGAACCCGCACGGAUUCGACGUCGUUGUCGAAGCUACUGGCGCGCCCACGGUCCUCGAGAAGGCGCUGGAUUAUGUGCGAAAGGGCGGCAAGCUAGUUGUGUACGGCGUGUACGACGAUCGCGCCAAGAUUGCGUGGUCGCCGUUCAAGAUCUGGGAGAAUGAAGUUACCAUUUUGGCGAGCUUCUGCAGUAUGGGUCACCUGCCUCACGUGCUCGAGUAUGUGAAUGCCGGGAGACUGAAGUUGAAGGGCAUUGCGAAUAGAAGGUAUAGAAUAGAGGAGUGGGCCGAGUGUUUGGAGGCUGUGAGGAAACAAGAGGUGGUCAAGGCUGCUAUUGUGUUUGAUUGA